GUAGCAAUCCCUCUCUGCGCCCCCGUACAUUGGAGGCUGUGUUAUUAUUAGGUUACAUACCUAUUCCCGGGUUUUAUCAAGCAUGUUAAAAAUGACAGCUGUGUAGACCCGGAGCACCCUGCCUGCGUGUUCGCUGCGACGAUGACCAACGGUGACUGGGGGCACUGGGCAUCAAAACAGCUGUGCAGUUGCUAACCAAUGACAAUCGGAAGAAUCCUCUCGGAGUAUAGAUUCCCAAGCGGCCGUAUUCAAACACAACCUACACAUUAUCAAACCAUCGCAGUUGCAAUGCAAUGCCUGUCUGAACGCUUGGUUUCCCGUGAGCGAGGAGAUGCGUACAAAGCCGUGUGCCUGUAGGUCAACUUAACGAGGCUUUUGGAGUAACUUGUGGAAUUUUAGACUUGCACGCAUAACGAUGCCUUAUCUGACUAAAUCGCUAUUUUUAUUCUUCUGUCUGGUGGUUACCGGGGAAUGCCGUAAUCACGGACACCGAGUACGGAGAUGGACGGGUACCGUGGAGACGGCAAAGCAUGGCACAGAGACAGCAAAUCAUGGCACCUCCUUGACAAAGAAGCCUCCGGAUGUGACCAAAAAUCGCAAGCUGAAGACAGAGCAGCUUCUGAAAGUAGAUGAUCAUGAUUUCACCAUGAGGCCAGCAUUCGGAGGCCCGGCUAUUCCUGUUGGAGUGGACGUACAAGUGGAAAGCUUGGACAGCAUCUCAGAAGUAGACAUGGACUUCACCAUGACUCUGUACCUGAGACACUAUUGGAAGGAUGAGCGUCUGACCUUCACCAGCUCCACCAAUAAGAGCAUGACAUUUGACGGGCGUCUGGUGAAGAAGAUCUGGGUGCCAGAUGUGUUCUUUGUCCACUCCAAGAGAUCCUUCAUCCACGACACCACCACAGACAACAUCAUGCUCAGGGUCUUUCCCGACGGACACGUUCUCUACAGCCUGAGGGUGACAGUGACCGCAGCCUGUAACAUGGACUUCAGCCGCUUUCCUCUGGACACCCAGACCUGCUCACUGGAGCUGGAGAGCUAUGCUUAUACGGAUGAGGACCUGAUGCUGUACUGGAAGAGUGGGGAUGAGUCCUUGAGUACGGACGACCGUAUCUCCCUUUCUCAGUUCCUCAUCCAGAAGUUCCACACCACCUCUCACCUGGCGUUCUACAGCAGCACAGGCUGGUACAAUCGUCUGUACAUCAACUUUACCCUGCGGAGACACAUCUUCUUCUUCCUGCUUCAGACCUACUUCCCUGCCACCCUCAUGGUCAUGCUGUCCUGGGUGUCCUUCUGGAUCGACCGCAGGGCCGUCCCAGCCCGCGUCUCGCUGGGUAUCACCACAGUGCUCACCAUGUCCACCAUCAUUACUGGAGUGAACGCCUCCAUGCCCAGAGUGUCCUACAUCAAGGCUGUGGACAUCUACCUGUGGGUCAGCUUUGUGUUUGUCUUCCUAUCCGUGCUGGAGUACGCUGCCGUCAACUACCUGUCCACCGUGCAGGACCGCAGGGAACGUAAGAUGAGAGACGAGAUAAGAGAAAGGGCCAGGUCACAGUCGCUGCCCUGCACCUGUGGCAUGUCCCAGACCAGGACCAUGAUAUUAGACGGGAACUACAGCGAGGCGGACACCAACAGCCUGGCCGGCUACACCUCGGGAACUAUGGUGUCCGAGGAGGAUGUGGAGAUGCCACAUGAGGUGAUGAACGAGAAGCAGACUCCUGGGGAGCACAUGGUGGUCCACCUGUCUGUCAGUAGCGAGUCCACAACCACCAAGAAGAAAGGUAUCCGUGCCCUCAAAAUUAUCCAGAAUACACAUGCCAUCGACAAGUACUCCAGGAUGUUAUUCCCUGGCUCCUAUAUCCUAUUCAACUUCAUCUACUGGUGUUCAUACUGCAUAGGAGCGUAGGUUCUACUGUAUAGGUGCAGUAUGGGCCCUGGUCAAAAGUAAUGCACUACGUAUUGAAUAGGGUGCCAUUUUGGGACACAGACUAUGUUUAUCAUACGACUGUGUUUAACACACUCGCCAUGGACAAGAGAAAGGCUAAGAGAGACCGCUAUUGGGGUUUACAUGGACAUUUUGAUACUAAUAUUUGGAUGGACUGCUAACUGGUUUGACUUGGGUACUGGCCCAUAUGAGACUGAUCCAAAUGGGUUUAUGUUUAUUAUGUAUAUUAAGGUAAGUGUGACUCACUCACGAAUGACGAGGGAGAUUGCGAAAGUCUGAGAGACGGAGACUGAGUUAUAUGUGGAUAUUUGGCACUGAUGGACAAAGAGAAAAGCCUCAGAGAGAGAGACCGAGACAGUCUUCAUCAUCCCACUGUAGUUUGUGAAUUUCUGUCAAUCGAUUCCACAGGUUGAUUCAUAGUUCUGCAAGUACGUAUCAGCUGUUGUUUAAAAACUAUUUUGUCCAAAUAACUAUAAUUUCAAGUCUUUUGUACUCUGGGCUUGGCAUUUGACAACAGAGGUGUGUCUACAAUGUUGUUAGCUUUUCAUUCAGGUCUAUUUGGCAUUCAGGUCUAAGUACCAGUUCAGUCUGUUGAAACAGCUCAGUGUUUAACAGAGUUGAGUUUAAUGGUUGCGUACAAAAUGGCACCCUAUACUCUUUAUAACGGACUACUCUGGGCAAAAGUAGUGCACUAUAUAGGAAAUAGGGUGCCAUUUGGGAUGGACAUGAUGCUUUGGAUUAGAGAAUCUGCUACGUACAUAUGUGAAAUGUUAUGAUGCAAUAUACU